CUAUCGCCAUCUAUUGGCGAAUGGAGAGAAUGUCAGAGUUUCUCUUUUUUAGACUCUGUUGACCUUCCUGAUUCCUCAAAGUUGUUGUUAAUUUUUCUUUGAUUUGAUUAUUAAUUUGAUUAAAUUGUCAAGAUGAGUAAGAUGAUUGCCAAAUUACCUCAACUAAUCAACCAGGCCAAGCCUGUGGUCAGCGCUAAUCUUGGUCGUUUCAUGCAUUACGCUAAAGUCGAAAUGGCUCCACCACAUCCCGGUGAAAUCCCUCAAAUAUUCAGAGAUGCUGGAAAGCUUUUCAAAGGAGCUGCUUCAGGAAGAUGGGCUCAAGUAUCUGAAGAAGCAAUAGUCAACACAGUAAUCACUGCAGAGGUAAUCUGUUGGUUUUUCAUCGGCGAAAUCAUCGGAAAACGUUCACUCGUUGGUUAUAAAGUUUAAAUUUAUCAAGUAGAGGAUGUGUUAAAGUGUAUUCCAUAGAUAAGUAAUAAAUAACCUCUAGAUUGUCUCUUAAA